GACCCAGAUGGGGAAGAUGAAACAGGUUUGUAAACACAACUGCUUAGAUCUUUUAAGUAAACAAAGGGAUUUUACUCUACUGUGAUAGGAAUUUUGAGGUCUUAGAUAUAUGGUAAUGUUCAUAACCGCACGUACAUAGAUCAGCACAGGAAGACCAACCUGAAGCCAUUUUGAUUCCUAAACUGAGCAAAUGUUUUCUCUGCAAGGUCAAAGUGGAAAAGCGUCCCCAUUGUCUUUUUCUUCACAAAUCCUGUCUUAAGGGUAUGUGUGUGUUUGAAUAGGGUGUGAGCCUGUGACCUGGCCCAGGAACUAAGUAUUUAUCAUUACAAAAGAUUGGACAGGCACCCCAGGAAAUCCAAUCAAGUAACCUGCCAGACAGGAGAUAAACAACGACAGGAGAAAAACAACAUUCAAAUUUCUGUUUAGACCGCCUUUUUUGUGAUGUAGGUAUGAUAUAUCUGAGGGGUGGUCUUAGGUUACACCCCUUCUGUGAUGUAUGAUGUUUCUGGGGGUGGUCUUGAUCUAAAAGGUAAAGGGUAAAGGGACCCCUGACCACUAGGUCCAGUCGUGGCCGACUCUGGGGUUGCGGCGCUCAUCUCGCUUUAUUGGCCGAGGGAGCCGGCGUACAGCUUCCGGGUCAUGUGGCUAGCAUGACUAAGCUGCUUCUGGCGAACCAGAGCAGCACACGGAAACACUGUUUACCUUCCCACCUAUUGAUCUACUUGCACUUUGACGUGCUUUCAAACUGCUAGGUUGGCAGGAGCAGGGACCGAGCAACGGGAUCCCGCUCACACCGUCAUGGGCAUUCAAACUGCCGACCUUCUGAUCGGCAAGUCCUAGGCUCUGUGGUUAAACCCAAAGCGUACAGGGUGGAAAUUUCAAAAGUCUUUAUAACGCCUUGCGCACCAUUUUUCUGGGUCCCUCCUCUCUCCUGCGGGUGAGGGGAGCACCCUGUUGCAACAGAUCAAUAAAGGCCAAGCCUACAGGCUGCUGUUUUGCUCCAAGUUAUCCUAGUUGGUGUCUUUGUUUUUGUCCAAGGGAGCCCUCGGAUUUUUCCGUUAACACUACUGAAACAUUACUGUUUACAACUUCAAAAAGAGGUACAAGUAAUUUUCACCUGUGAGCUGAUAUAUAUGUAUUAAUUAGGUAUCUGUCUAAAAAGUGUUAGGAGAGGCAAUAAUUUUGAAAUCAAACAGAAACGGAAAGAAAAUAGAAGACCAAAGAAGAAUUAAUCCUAAUCAAAGAGGGACAGUCAUUUGUGGACAAAAGAUGGACUUUGUGAAAGUCCCUAAAAGAAAGCUUAGCCGAGCAAAAUCUAAACUGAAAACUCAAAAAAAAACCAAGAUGAAGAUUUUAAGGAUAAUCGCCAAAACAAAAAAACCCAUGUGAAAACUGGAGAAGGCAAGAGAAAAUGAAGGAAUAUGAAGGGGAUAAAUCAAGUUUUGCUUACUUUCCAAACUAACUAGUCUUUGGAUGUAAAAAGGAGCACAUGAAAGAACAUAGAUGGAUAUGAAGUUUGCUUAAAGCACAGUGAAAAAUGGGUAGGAGAAAUGGAAAGUUUUUCUUUUAAAAGGCAGCUGGAGAAGCCAACUGAUGUUAGGGAAAGUGUGAGGUUUUCAUUGCUGAAACUAGAAAAGUCAAGAUUGGGAAGACUUUAGCAUCGGAAAGACUUGGAAGCAAGAAAUGUUGGUGGAUCCAGGCUGAUGAAGUGUAGCUGGUAACACAAUAACUGAAAGCCCUCUGCAAUGUUCUUAGUAAUACUUUGAUAAUAAGUUUUUACUGAAGCCAGGAAUAGGAGAGAUGAGAAGGGGGGGAUUUGGAGAGCAUUGCAGGCAUACUUACUUCUUGUUUCUUGCUAGAAAGUCUGGAAAGUCCUUGUGUGCACCACCUUCCUGAGGUUAUAAGUUCUUUGUUUUUCAUCUAGCCCUGAGAGUGGCAUCUAGUAGCACCUGUAACCCUCCCUUAGAAUGAGUGUGCCAAGAUUUUGGUGGACAGCAAGUGCGGCAGGUAGCAGAAGCAGAAGCAAAAUCCACUCAUCACGGGUCAGAGCAUUUUAUCUACAGUGGUACCUCAGGUUACAUACGCUUCAGGUUACAUACACUUCAGGUUACAGACUCCGCUAACCCAGAAAUAGUGCUUCAGGUUAAGAACUUUGCUUCAGGAUGAGAACAGAAAUUGUGCUCCGGCAGCACGGCAGCAGCAGGAGGCCCCAUUAGCUAAAGUGGUGCUUCAGGUUAAGAACAGUUUCAGGUUAAGUACGGACCUCUGGAACGAAUUAAGUACUUAACCCGAGGUACCACUGUAAUUUGAAGCUAUGGGGGAAUUGCAGAAGACGGGCACCAAAACAUUGUUAAGUUUUUUUUGUUCCUGGAGAUGUUUCUAAAUCCAGAAGGUCCCAAACAUGCCAGCAUUUGAGGAAGAUAAAAAACACAAGCAAAAUGAAGGUGACUUUGCCAAUUCCAUUGUGGAAAAGCAAAGAAGGCAUUUUGAGGAUGAAGCUGCAGAUGUCAAUGAUAAGAAAGAGGUGGCUUGUCCUUGGCUCCUGUGGAGGAGCAGAUGCAGAGCGACUGCUCAGGGAUGUAGCAACUCCAGGACCUUGUGUGAAAGUGUAUUAUUCCUCUUAGGAAAGUUCUUUAAGUCUGAAUCUCAUCUCUCUGCUGUGCCCCUCUAGAUCAAUGGAUCAUCCAGCUUCAAACAAAACUGGUGGUAAAAAUGGUUUUCCACGAUUGAAGGACAUUUGGGUGAGUAUCCCUUUCUUGGCUAGGGAGAAAAUCUCUAUGGCAUUCCGUCUGCAACUCAAUGUGCUAAGACUCUUUCAGGUUGCGGUGACAGUGCUGUCAGAAGAGGCCCUGUUCCAUGUCAUCACAAUGAGGCCCAUCUGCAGGUAGGAGAAGACUUCUUCUUUUCUUCCAGCUCUUCUUUCCUUCAGGCUUCGCAGAGUUCAGUGUACAUGAAGUGAGAGUCGCCUACAUUUGGACUGUGCUGCUUUAGGUAAGUUCACAUUCCACCACUCAGUUGUCUUUUUUCAAGACAAUGUUUUUUCUAUUGGUCUCUCCUUUUUCUCAUUUUCUUUUCUGCUGGUCUCUUCACAGGUCUCUCCAAAGAUCCUACAACACUGAGAUGAAGCCAGCUGUUUUCUUUUUGUUUGUAAGUCCAAGAACAUUCUGGAAACGUCAGAAAACACAAGUUCGUUUUUUUAUAUACUGUAUAUUUGUAUUUCCCAUGAGAAAUUCAGACCUGUAUGUGCACAUUUCUCAGGAGAGUUCUUAAAAAGCGGAUACAGCAGCUAACAUCUUGCACACAGGCCAUGUUUCUCAUAUCGCGUGGAUUGCAACAGGAUGACCACCAAAGAAAGUCUGACGAAAAAUGUCCACGGUGCACCGUUCUCAUAGCCUGGAGGGCUGAAAUUCUUCAUCAGAUUUCUCAGAGUAUCCCUUGCAUGGCUAGGGGGAAAUCUCCAUUGUGUUCCAUCUGCAACUCAUCGUGCUAAGACUUUUUCAGAUUGUGGUGACAGAGUUGUCAGAAGAGGCCCUAUUCUGUGUCAUCACAAUGAGGCUCACCUGCAGGUAGGAGAAGACUUCUUCUUUUCUUCCAGCUCUUCUUUCCUUCAGGCUUCGCAGAGUUCAGUGUAUCUGAAGUGAGAGUCGUCUGCAUUUGGACUGUGCUGCUUUAGGUAAGUUCACAUUCCAUCACUCAGUUGUCUUUUUUCAAAACAAUAUUUUUUUGUAUUGGUCACUUCUUUUUCCUAUUUUCUUUUUUCUCUUCACAGGUUUAUCCAAAGAGCUCUACUUAACAUCUUCAGGUUUUCUUUUUCCUGAGAGAACAUUCACAGAAUGUUCUCUCAGGUUUUGCUUUUCCCCUUGUUGCAUUGCUGGAAAAAAAAGCAAAAGACACUGGUGGUCGGCGCUCCUGGUUCCCAGGACGGGGUUCAAAUCCCUGCGGUGUCCAUGCUUACUUCCAAUGCAACUGCUAUCUCUCUCUAUUCCUCUAUCCCUCUCUAUCUCUCUCUGUCUAUCCCUAUCUAUCUCUUUCUGUCUCUCUAUCCCACACUGCCCAAAUAACAAUUGGCUCCCUUUCUCUUAAGUAUUAGCGUGGGAGGGUGGUGACUUCAGUGACUAGCUUGGAGCUAUUAUAAUGAUUUGUGUUUUUAACUACUUCCCCUCUCUUUUACCAGCAUAGACAAUGAGGCCUAUGAGGCACCGGCAUAUGAGGAGGUGGUGACUACUGGCUACUUAUCGGGACCAACCAUCUGGACCAUCACCUCCAGCCCAGGGACAACCCCAGUGGAGCCCCCUCCGUACAGCGUGGUCAUUGAGCCUCCUGCCCACGGAGAGACUGUGGUCGAGGCGUUCAGUGUUUCGGUGGCACCAGGCCCACGCCGUGCCUCGGAGGCAGAUCUACAGUCCCGGUUCCGCCUCAGGUUGCUUAUGCUGCCAAAACUGCAGCGAUUUGUCUUCGGAUACCCAUGAACUCAAAGGUGUUGAAGAGCGGGCAGAACGUCCGGAGCCCCUCACGCCCCCUCCUGCUUAUGAGAACGCGACUGUGGAGGAGGUCCUUGAAGAAGAAUUUCAGCCCUCCAGGCUAUGAGAACGGUGCACCGUGGACAUUUUUCGUCAGACUUUCUUUGGUGGUCGUCCUGUUGCAAUCCAUGCGAUAUGAGAAACAUGGCCUGUGUGCAAGAUGUUAGCUGCUGUAUCUGCUUUUUAAGAACUCUCCUGAGAAAUGUGCACAUACAGGUCUGAAUUUCUCAUGGGAAAUACAAAUAUACAGUAUAUAAAAAAACAAACUUGUGUUUUCUGACGUUUCCAGAAUGUUCUUGGACUUACAGCGUAGGCUGCUUGGAAGCUGGCUUUAAAGAAGGCUGGACUGGUUGGUGUAAUGAUUGCUGCUCCUUUUUAUUUUUAAAUAACCACAUCUGAAACCAAAUAAACUGAGAUGGCAAAUCUGGGAUCAAAACUACGAACCACAUCUUAAUGAUUUCCAAAUCCUGUUUAAAAGCUUUGAGUCUGAGAGUUUGCAAACUGAGAUUAAUAAAGAAUUCAGCUUCUGAAAAUAGCACUUACUCAAACCAUAUUUCGUUGUUGUUGUUGUUGUUUAGUCGUUUAGUCGUGUCUGACUCUUCGUGACCCCAUGGACCAGUUUGGUCAGACUCAUGUUUGUAGCUUCGAAGACAUAUUUCUUUAUUGUGGAACAAACUGCAUAUUAUGUGCAGAACAGUGAAUUUGUAAAUAUGUAAAAUUAUGAACAUUGAUUGUGUACAAUUGAAUAAUGUUACAGAGAAAUGCAAUUGCUUCCUGCCCUUUUAAGAAACAUACUAGCUGAUUAUCAAGGAAUGCUGUAAUGAAAGAAUUUAUGAAAUAAUUGGAUCACAGAAAAUCUGUCUGUAAAUCUAUUGCAGCCAGGAUACAAACUGAUGGAAUAUAUCCAUUGACCAAGUCCUUUCCUCAACAUUUAUUUUAAUCGGGGGGGGGGGGGAAUAAAUUAUCUAGCAGCACCUUAUAGAUCAACUAAGUUUGUUCUGCUAUAAGCUUUCGUGUGUACACAAAAGCUUAUACCAGAACAAACUUAGUUGGCCUAUAAGGUGCUACUAGACAAUUAUUUAUUUAUUUAUUUAUUUAUUUCGACUGCAUUAGACCAACACGCCUACCUACCUGAGUCUAAUAUAACUUUAAGAAACUUGAAAACAGGACAGUCUGUUUAACAACUGUGUUUAUUGUCUAACCUAUCAUGUACGCUAUAUCACCCUAUACCUGGAGGUCUCAGGGUGGUUCACAGAACAAAAUCAAAAUAUAAAAACAAAAAAAUAUACUGUGGUACCUCAGGUUACAGACGCUUCAGGUUACAGAUGCUUCAGGUUACAGACUCCGCUAACCCAGAAAUAGUACCUCGGGUUAAGAACUUUACCUCAGGAUGAAAGCAGAAAUCGUGGGGCGGUGGGGCAGCGGCAGCGGGAGGCCCCAUUAGCUAAAGUGGUACCUCAGGUUAAGAACAGUUUCAGGUUAAGAACGGACCUCCAGAAUGAAUUAAGUUCUUAACCGAGGUACCACUGUAUAAUCAAAAUUAAAACAAUGACCCAAUAACCUCCCCCACCUCAAAAAAAACCCAAUUCCUGCAUUGCCAGGGGUUGGACUAGACGAUCCUCAGGGUCCCUUCUAACAAUACAGUUCUAUGAUUCUAUAUAAUAUACGGUUCCAUAGUUCGUGGUCAGUGUGUAAGUUCUUGGCUUGUGAAUUGGUUUAAAGAAAAUCAAAGAGGAAACAGGAUAGAACAGGAAAAACCUUCAUUUUAACUCAUUUUCCGAUGGCUGCUCAGUCUUCUGUUCUGAUUCUUUGCCAGCAUUACAUGGCGAUGCCUGGUUCGCAGGAACAGCAUUUGCUUUCAGUUCCUUAGAUAUUGGCUGCAUAUGCACCAAAUGUUUAAAGCACACACACACACACCCCAGAACUGUAAUUUGUUAAGGGUGCUGGGAAUUGUAGCUGUGUGAGGGGUAAACUACAGUUUCCAGGAUUUGCGGUUGGGGUGGUACUGCUUCAUAUUCAUGGUACGUGUGCAGCCAUAGACAAACCUCAGAAUGCUCAGGAGGGGGAAAUCAUAUACAUAUAAAAGGAAAAUCCCCUUUGGCUCAGCUCCACUUCCUAGGCUGACAUUGUCUAAAAUGCAGUGAAACCUAUUGACCACUUUUCUCCUAUUCACUGGAAUUUCUGUGCUUAGGGGACACGGGAUUUCUGGAAACCAUAUGUCCGUAAAGGUAAAGGGACCCCCGACCAUUAGGUCCAGUCGUGGCCGACUCUGGGGUUGCAGAGCUCAUCUCGCUUUAUUAGCCGAAGGAGGCGGCGUACAGCUUCUGGGUCAUGUGGCCAGCAUGACUAAGCCGUUUCUGGCGAACCAGAGCAGCGCACGGAAACUGCGUUUACCUUUCCGCUGGAGCGGUACCUAUUUAUCUACUUGCACUUUGAUGUGCUUUCGAACUGCUAGGUGCUUAGGGGACAUGGGAUUUCUGGAAGGCAUAUGUCAGUAUGGUGUAGCAAUUUCAUGUAGAAGAUGUCAGUAUCAUUUACAAGGGCUGGAAACUUACAGCCAAGGGGGCAUAUCAAAACAUGGCAGGUGAUAUUGAUCACAGACUAUUAGCUAUUUACUAUUAACUGGCUUGGAGCCAGAUGGGCAAGGAUCACAGAGGACUGCUUACAAAGAGCUUCUUAAGAGCCGUUAUCACCCUUUGGACUUUGAUUAUUAUGAUAAAUGGUUAUUAAGGCAGCAGCUCAGGUACAGAGUCACUCUUUAUAGUUCCCUUCCAUGCAUGCUGAGUGAAAACCAGCCCUUGCCGAUUUCUUCCUAAGUUAUUCUCUUCCUGAAAACAACUUUCUGUCAGGUAACAUGUCACGUAACGUCGCCCUGAAAGAGAAGAGAUUCCUCUUCACGUCUGAGUCUGUUGCCGAGGGACAUUCAGGUGAGUGAAUGUGGCUUUCCUGUCCAGCAGUUUGGUGAAUGCAAAAUGUAACUUUCUAAUAGCCUCUUCUGAGGCCUCCAAUUUCCGAAGGAAUGGAAGCGAGUAAGCUUCCAACCAUGGAUAUUUUCAAUUCUUGCUCCAUCCCCACCUGACGGCUCAGCUGGCUUUCACUGGUCUUAAUACAGCAGGUUUAGUGCUUGUUAUGUUUGCUCAGUGAUGGGUACGGUCUUGCUUUGAACUCUUUAAAAGCAUAGCUGUCAACUUUUCCCUUUUCUUGCAAGGAAUCCUAUUCGGAAUAAGGGAAUAGGCUCAACAAGAAAGACCUGGUUAUGUUUAGAAUGAUACCGCAUAGAGAAAUGCUCCCUGAUACCAAGAUGAGGGAUUCCUCUGGAAUGCAGAUAGAGAGAAUUGAUAAGAAUAACGAUCUGUUGUGAGCUUGACGGAAGUGUACAAUAGAUGAGCUUUUCUGCUUUGGCUCAUCUUUCUUUUUCUUUUUUUCUUUUUUUCUUUUUUCUUUUCUUUUAUCUUUCCCAUAGUUGCUUAUGUUCUGUGUCAUGUACUUCGAUAUUUUUUGUAGUUUUUUAGUUUUUUUCAUUACUAUUAAGGAAUUUUCCUUUGUAAUUUUGGUUGUUUAUAUUUAUAUGUACUUGUUUAAAGCAAAAUAAAAGUUAAAAAAAGGGAAUUUCCCUUAAAAAAGGGGAAAUGUUGACAGCUAUGCUUUAAAAGUGCUAUUUUCAAUUAUUUGCAAGAGAGCCUGAAAGAACAGGAUGCAUAAUGCUCUAACAGUCAACUCAGCAAACCAGCAAAUGCCUGAACUUCUCAGGAAAACACCAGAAGCUGCCCUAUACAGUGGUACCUUGGAAGUCAAACAGAAUCUGUUCCGGAAGUCCGUUCGACUUCCAAAACGUUCAGGAACCAAGGUGCGGCUUCCGUUUGGAUGCAGGAAGCUCCUGUAGCCAAUCGGAAGCCACGUCAGACGUUCGGGUUCCAAGGAAGGUUUCAAACUGGAACACUCACUUCCGGGUUUGCGGCAUUCGGGAGCCAAAACUUUAGACUCGCAAGGCGUUUGGGAUCCAAGGUACGACUGUACUGAGUCAGACAAUUGGUCCAUCUAGUUCAGUGUUGUCUACACUCACUGGCAGCAACCCCCCCCCCCCCCGGAUUUCAGGCACAGGUCUGUCCCAACCUACCUGGAGAUGGUGGGGAUUGAACCUGAAGCAUUAUGCAUUCAAAGCAAGUUCUCUACCACUGAGGUAUGUACAUUCUCAAAUGUCAUCCCAGUGGUUUCUUUAUAUAACUGCUUUCUAGCAAACCCCAGUGGAUGUUUGAUGUACAGUGGUACCUCAGGUUACAUACGCUUCAGGUUACAUAUGCUUCAGGUUACAGACUCUGCUAACCCAGAAAUAGUGCUUCAGGUUAAGAACUUUGCUUCAGGAUGAGAACAGAAAUUGUGCUCCGGCAGCGUGGCGGCAGUGGGAGGCCCCAUUAGCUAAAGUGGUGCUUCAGGUUAAGAACAGUUUCAGGUUAAGUACAGACCUCUGGAACGAAUUAAGUACUUAACCAGAGGUACCACUGUACUUGUGGAGGGUAUUGUGACCUCUAAAAAGCUCAGAAAAAAUGUUUCUUUUAAAAAUAAUAAUAAUAAUAAUAAUAAUAAUAAUAAUAAUAAUAAUGGCGACUCAGCUAUACAGCUGCAAAUAAAACGUUUUAAGUGUGUUUUAAGUGCAGUAUACAAUGUGAUACUAGGUGGCGAUGGUGAGCCUUAUGGAAAAUUCAAUGCAUUUUUAAAAACGCUUUUUUAAUAUAUAAGAAAAGCAUCUUCAGAACAUUUUUUAUAUGUGCGUAGAUUCCACCUGGAUUGGCUUCCAGGCCAACUAGUGCAGCCUAGGCAGCCUGUUCUUAUACAGUUGACAACUAAAUGAAUUAUAGAAACCUGGCUUAUUUUUGUUUUUUCCCUUUCCACCCAUGUAGAUAAACUGUGUGACCAAAUCAGUGAUGCUGUUCUUGAUGCUCAUAUUAAGGUUGAUCCAGAUGCUAAGGUCGCUUGUGGUAAGUCUCAUCUAUGGCCUAGCAGAGCAAUUUGUGUUUGUGUUUCAUUACAUCUUUGCAGGGGUUUUUCUUUAAAGCGUGCAGUAAAAAUACAGGUGUUCAUUACUGAGGAAGAAAUGGCCUUUCCCCAACGAUAAGCUUUAUUACUGGGAAAAUAAAUAUUCCCUUUUCCCCUCUCAAGGUGAUGCAUCUACUGCAGCUUGAAGCACCUGGUGUGCUGCAGCUGGGCAACUAUUACUGGAAUGUAUUGGCCAGUUCCUGUGUCAGCACAACUCCUCUGUCCAUUUCUGCAUUAUUUUGAACCCCCAUAACAUCUAUUUUUCUGACUAUUUUAGUAGGUGAACUGCCAAAACGCUUAUAUUUAUUUUUUAAACAAUAAGGCAGGGGGAAGAAACUGAAUAUGGAGAACAUCAGCAAGACUCCUUACUUCUGUACAGCAGACUACCACUAUUAUAUGUGUAUCAAUUUGUGCAACCUUCAUUCUAGAGCCUAAGCUAUUCAACAUUAACCAGAAUUAUAGUGCAUUGUCUGCCUAGUUUAAUUAUAAAGGAGGGGAGUAGCAAAGAGGUGUUCCCCCUGUGUUGUAAUUGUAUCCCAAUUGGUUGCAAAGAGUCAUCAUAAUUUAAACAUUUCAAGCCCAGUGUCUGCAAAUUCUAGACAAAGAUUCCACAGUGGACAGCAGGUCCUUAAAGCUAAGGCCUCCAUGCUACUAGGAAUUAGGUGUUGGAGACAUACACAACAAAACGGCUAAUGCUGAAAUUAUUUUACCAAUUGGCAAACAAAAGCUUUCUAGCACAAUUCUAUAAAAGGUAAAGGGACCCCUGACCAUUAGGUGCAGUCGCGGCCGACUCUGGGGUUGUGGCGCUCAUCUCGCUUUAUUGGCCAAAGGAGCUGGCGUGCAGCUUCCAGGUCAUGUGGCCAGCAUGACUAAGCUGCUUCUGGCGAACCAGAGCAGCGCACAGAAACGCCAUUUACCUUCCCGCCGGAGCGGUACCUAUUUAUCUACUUGCACUUUGACAUGCUUUCGAACUGCUAGGUUGGCAGGAGCAGGGACUGAGCAACGGGAGCUCACCCCGUCGCAGGGAUUCGAACCACCGACCUUCUGAUCGGCAAGUCCUAGGCUCUGUGGUUUAACCCACAGCGCCACCUGCGUUCCUUAAUACAUAUCCAUUAAAACAAAAACAAAAUUGCAUACUCCUGGGCAGUGCUGUUUUUCUCAAAAAAGAGGUGCCAGAACUCACCAUGAACACCUCUCUCAUUCUCUUCGAAUGGCAAUGGCGCCCACUUGUGAGAUGCCAGAACUGAGCUCUGGCAAGUUUUGGCUGAAAAAAUAGCCCUGCUCCUGGGUAAGGGGAUAUAGAAUUAUAGCUUUACAGUGCAAUCCGAACCAUGCCUGCUCAGAAGUAAAUUCAGUGGGACAUACUCCUACGACACUGGAUUAUAGGGUUGCCAUAUUUCAAAAAGUAAAAAACAGGACCCCACCAAAAAUUGUUGAAGACUUGGGAGUUCUUGAUAAUUUUUUCUUUUAAUGCCGCCUUUCGGAAAUUCCCCCGGGCAUCAAUUCAACCUUUGAAAUCCUGUUAAUGUCCAGGGAAAUCAGGACGCAUGACAGCCCUAUGAGAUUAGAAGUGCAGCCUAAACUGUUUAAUUAUUGAACCAAUUAAAAUUUGCAGGACUAGUAAUAACAGCAGAACCUACACCCUUCAAUUUCAUGUAGAAGUUGUGUCAGUAUCAUUUACAAGGGCUGGAAACUUACAGCCAAGGGGGCAUAUCAAAACACGGCAGGCAAUAUUGACCACAGACUAUUAGCUAUUGAUUAUUAAUUGGCUUGGAGCCAGAUGGGCAAGGAUCACAGAGGACUGCUUACAAAGAGCUUCUUAAGAGCCGUUAUAACCCCUUGGACUUUGAUUAUUAUGAUAAAUGGUUAUUAAGGCAGCAGUUCAGGUACAGAGUCACUCUUUAUAGUUCCCUUCCAUGCAUGCUGAGUGAAAACCAGCCCUUGCCAAUUUCUUCCUAAGUUAUUCUCUUCCUGAAAACAACUUUUUGUCAGGUAACAUGUCACAUAAUGCUCCACCUUUGAAAUCCCAUUAAUGUCCAGGAAAUCAGGAUGCAUGACAGCCUUAUGAGAUUAGAAGGGCAGCCUAAACUGUUUAAUUAUCGAACCAAUUAAAGUUUGCAGAACCUAUGCCCUUCAAAAAUUUGCAGAACCUAUGCUCUUGCACUGAUCCCAUCACCUCCUGGCAAAUAGAAGGGGAAGAAAUGGAAGCAGUGAGUGAUUUUAAUUUCUUGGGCUCCAUGAUCACUGCAGAUGGUGACAGCAGCCACGAAAUUAAAAGACGCCUGCUUCUUGGGAGAAAAGCAAUGACAAACUGAGACAGCAUCUUAAAAAGCAGAGACAUCACCUUGCCAACAAAGGUCCGUAUUGUUAAAGCUAUGGUUUUCCCAGUAGUGAUGUAUGGAAGUGAUAGCUGGACCAUAAAGAAGGCUGAUCGCCGAAGAAUUGAUGCUUUUGAAUUAUGGUGCUGGAGGAGACUCUUGAGAGUCCCAUGGACUGCAAGAAGAUCAAACCUCUCCAUUCUUAAGCAAAUCAGCCCUGAGUGCUCACUGGAAGGACAGAUCGUGAAGCUGAGGCUCCAAUACUUUGGCCACCUCAUGAGAAGAGAAGACUCCUGGAAAAGACCCUGAUAUUGGGAAAGAUGGAGGGCACAAGGAGAAGGGGACGACAGAGGAUGAGAUGGUUGGACAGUGUUCUCGAAGCUACCAGCAUGAGUUUGACCAAACUGCGGGAGGCAGUGGAAGACAGGAGUGCCUGGCGUGCUCUGGUCCAUGGGGUCACGAAGAGUCGGACAUGACUAAAUGACUAAACAACAACAACAUGCCCUUCAAAAUGCAAAUGCCCCCCAAAAUUGAAAGGUCUUUAGUUGCAAGUCGUCACCAUUACAUUUUUUUUUUUAAUUUAAUAUUUAUUAAAUUUUCAAAAAGUAACAAGUAACAACAAAAAUUUCCAAAAAAGUUGAAAAUACAAAAAAAAACAAAAAUAAUACAGAAAUAAUAAAGAAGAAAAAACCCAGCCGCAAAAAAGAAAAAAAGAAAAACAGAAAAACAGAAAUAUAAAAUCCUUUACGAUCUCCAUUAACUUCCUUUCUAGACUUCCUCCUCCUCCCCUCUCUUGUUUCUUAGUAUUUAAUUUUUACAGCAAAUCCUUUCUGUUUUUCAUAACAAUCUAUCAUUGCGUUUCCUUAUUCUAUUUUCCCUCUUGUCAUAUAAAAACUUUAAAACUCAAAGCUUAUAUUCAAUAUUUAGCAAAUUCUUACAUCAUUACCUUUUACAAAUCAUUUACCAAUCCUUACUUAAGUCAUAUAAUUUCAUUCAACAUCCUUCAAACAUUUAUAAACAUUCCCAAUAUUAAAAAAUAAGAAAGAAAAAUAAUAAGUCAGAUUCAGUCCAGUCAACUUCCAGCCUCCCUCCCUGGACCCGGGAUUGUCAGUCCUUUUAACCUCAAUAAUCCGGCUCCUUAACCUGGUUGUCUCGUAUCCGAGGCCCUCAAGUCUCUUUCUUGCCCCUUUCGCCACUCUUGUUGAUAUUUCCCUUUCAGUCGUGGAUACUCCAGCAAGAAGAUGCUUUUGACUCUUUGCAGCAAGUCCAUCCCAAACCCAUUACCCAAGCCAGACAGCAGAUAAUACCACUUCCAAUUUCCACAAAACUUGGAGACUUCGACUACUCCAAUCCUCUGAUGGCCCAUCACUAGACUCGGAAAGUCCAAAUAACCAUAUAGAGGGGUGUCAAUCCAUCCCCCCAUUUCCAAAUCUGACCACAUUUCAUCUUUCCGAAUCAGGUUUGUCCCAAGUUCAUUUAUCAAGUUCAAAGGCUGAUCUUGCCCAUCCAUAGGUCCCUCCAUCUCUGAAGCCUCCGUCGCUACAGCAGGUUCAUAUACUUGUAUAGACUUUAACUGAAUUUCAUUUGUUUGCUGCUGUGCUCUGGUAACUUCCGUCAUCAUCAAGGUCGACUCCUGACGCAUCUGGUCCAGCUGGGCACUUAAUUUUGCAAAACCUUCCAGGAACACUUGUUCAAGCCUUUGUACAAGCAUUGUCCUUCAAGGUCAAAGAAAAUUCUUUCCCACGAGAAUGGUCCUUCUCUUUUAAACUCUCUGCAUUGCAAUUUCACUCAGUUCCACUAGAUGGAAAACCCUUUUUUUUUUUUUUUUUAAGAGGGGGAAAAACAACAGUAACAAUCUUUCUUUUUCCAGAAACACUUUAUCCAAAAUCCCCCUUUCAAAUUCAAGAGGCAACAGUAGAAUCAAAAUGUUACCCUUCUUUUAACUAUCUGUCGAGCUGGAUAAGCUUCAAAACGUCAGUUCUGACAGCCCGCUCCUGGUUCAGGGCGGUGGAAAAUUACUUUAUUUUAAACUCACUUCCGCAGGGUUGAAAAGAUCAAAACAACCCCCUUCUUCUCCUGCAAUCAAAGGGGGGGUUCAGAAAUCUUAGAUGUUGAAUUUUAGUUCUCUCAGAAUUUAGUUUUCAAGCUUUAGUAUAAUUUGUCUUUGCUUUCUUCACGUAACAAAAGAACGGAAGGCGACUUCCUGUUUAGACCUUUCCGUUCCGAGUCCCAAUUAAAUUCAAUUUCAAGUUCAAGUCCAAUGUUAUUUAUUUAUUCACCAAUCUUAAAAGUAGUUCAGCUCUUCCAGGAUCAGGUACUCACGGAUAGAUGUUUUAGAUGCCAAAUUGUCCAGGAAAAGGCAGCGCUCUCAGAAAGCGGCAGUGCGGCUUUGCUGCACGGAGGAAGCAGUCGACUCACAGCACCACGCACCUCCCACUCCGGAGCCCGUUACCGGGCUCCUGUACAAGGGGAGAGCGCUCUCGGUGCCCGCCGAGUCCCACGCCCACAGGCUUCUUCCGCCUGUGGUUUUUAAGGGUCCCCGCUGCGCCGUAGCGGCAGGACCCAAGCCUCCGUGCAGCGGGUUCCCUUCAGUUCGAAGGGAAUUCCGCCAUUUUCCGGAGGCGCCACCCCGCAAGUCGUCACCAUUACAAAGAAGAAUGUUCCAUUUGGACAAGGCCCUACUCUGAGUGGAUAUGUGCCUAAUUUCAGGUAUCUAGGGCAAGGCCUUAACUAGAUGCCUUAAAGAUACAAGCAGGGACAUAAGUGCACACUGUCUAUAUUGGGGAAAAUAAAUAUUUGGUGUGUGUGUAUCUAUCUAUCUAUCAUCUAUCUAUCUAUCAUCUAUCAUCUAUCAUCUAUCAUCUAUCUAUCUAUCUAUCUAUCUAUCUAUCUAUCUAUCUAUCUAUCUAUCUAUCUCACUCACUAUAUAACUAGCUUUCUUGAAUUAUGUUUCUGCAGAAUGUGUGGCCAAAACUGGGAUGAUCUUGCUAUGUGGUGAAAUUACCUCCAAAGCUAUCAUUGAUUACCAGCAAGUAGUGAGAGACACCCUUCAGAAGAUUGGUUAUGAUGACUCUUCCAAAGGUGGGUUGUGGUAACUUGAAUAAGCCACUGGAGAUAGACAAAGUAUGGAUUCUGUUUAAGAGGAAACAAGUAGGUGCUCAUCAGAGCCUCUCGGUGACUAUAAUGUUAUUUUACCUAGAAUCUACUCACUUAACAAGCUUUACUAACUGCUGUGAAAGAUGUUGUGUGAAAUGAGAAGUUUGAAGCAGCUUCUACAUGUUAUAAGGAGCACUGUCUCUUUGGAACAGGCAUAGGCAAACUCCGCCUCACCCCCAAAUGUUUGGGACUACAACUCCCAUCAUCCCCUGGCUAUUUAAUGAGCAUUCGUUCUGAAUUGUUUCUGGGAAGAUUCAACGAUGUUGUGUCGAAACAAGUGUUAGCCCACAGUUUCUAGUGCAUUUAGUCAUCGUUUCCCUUUCCGUUUUUUGCAAAAAGUCAGAUAUUUUAUGGUAGCAGGUUUGUUGCGCAAGACCUCACCAUCAAUUUAAAUUACGCAACCUGAAUAUACUGGAAUGUGAUUGAAUCCUACUCAAAAUUAGUGACAGCCUGUGCAGUACAAUGUGUCUAAAUGGUUAAAAGGAGAUUGAUUGCAACAACUGCUCCUCCUAUGACUCAGUGAGUUUUAUUUAUUUUCCCAGCAAUUAUGAUGUUUAGGUGAAAAUGGUAAAUGCAUUGGCCACCAUCAAACAUUGAGUUAAGUGUAAUGAAAUCCAGAUGUAAAAGAUACAGAGAUGCUGAAUUAGAAAUAAAAUUGAGUUGAAAACCAUGCAAAACUCCACCACAAAAGGAAUUUAAUGUUCAGUUCACCUGGAAAUCAUACGAACUACUUGCAGGUGUCAUUCAGAGGUUUUUGGAAUUAAUUCAGUGAUUAGUUAAUUUGAAUUAAUGCAUUCCAAGCACUGGUGUGAUGUGCCAACCAGGCCAUUGCGUCCAAGCCAGUUGCCCGUUAUUGUGGCUUGCUAUUCACUUCACAGGGUUGGAUUACAAGACUUGCACUGUGCUGGUAGCCCUGGAGCAGCAGUGCCAUGAGAUCAAACAAGCCAUCAGCGAGGGGAAAACUGGGGAUGAUAUUGGAGCUGGAGACCAGGUAACACGCUACUGUUUGGAUUCCCACCCUCUUCUAUGAAGCACUUCAGGCCCCUACAUUUUCUGUCUGUGACCCCAUCUGCAUUAUACAUUUAAGGCAGUAUCAUACUACUUUGAGCAGUCAUGGCUUCCCCCAGAGAAUCCUGGGAACUGUAUUUUCUUAAGGGUGCUGAAAGUUGUUAGGAGAACCCUCUAUCCUCCUCACUGACCUCAAAUUUCCAGAGUUCCCUGGAAGGGUGAUUGAUUCUUCAGCACUCUGGGAACUGUAGCUGUUUGCGUGUCGAGACCCCGCAGCCACCCCCUCAUUGGAAAUAACUCACACAAGGACACGGAUAUUAGGUUUAUGUUAUUGGGCAAAUUUUGGCCACAACUUUAUUGAAAUUACAGAAUGUGAGCGGUAUUGGCUGAGGCAUUGAUUGGACCUGACUAUAUCUGACUCCUGCCCAUUGUGCAGGAAGUCCCCAGUAAGGGUAAGCCACGGGUAGGGGGGUCGAUGCGGACCAACUCAAGCUCCCCCUGGUGUUCCCAUCGGGGUGGUGUCAAGGCCUUAGCCCCCCAGCCAGGCUUCAGACUAGAACAACACCCCCGGAUUCCUUUAACAGAAUACCCUUAAGCAUGGAGGGGCAGGUGAUGGCCACACCUCCCCUCCCCCACACAAGGUCAAACAAUGCCUAACCCCAACCCUAACAAAGCUGUGAUUAUUGCUACGAGGUAGGCGAAAACCAAGUGGCCAGUGCCAAUUUGCCAAGUGGAAAAAUUCCUACCAGGCCCCUCAGACAACCAAGGCGACCAACCGAAGUCCAUAGCAAGGCCAUUGCCUAACCUGCAAAAUAUGGAGGGAGGGUGGGUGAUUGAGGAAGCGAGCCAAAGAGGAAGUCCUCUGGCCACGCCCCCCCAGCCAGCGGGUUGGCUGGCCGGGCUCUGACGUGGCCAGGAUCCCCCAGGCAACGGGGGACAAGGUCCCCUGCCCCCGGUGGGGAGUGGGUGGCCACGCAGUCCACUGCAACUCCUCCCCACUGGGAAGUGGAGCGGAUCUCUUGGAAAUUGUAGCUCAAUUUUAGAGGGAAAGAAGGGGAAGAGGUUAGCUGCCUCACUUCUACCUGCGCAUGUGUUACUUUACAGUGGUACCUCUGGUUGUGAACAGGAUCCGUUCCGGAGGCCUGUUCACAACAUGAAAGGAACGCAACCUGCGCCUGCGCAUCUGCGCACACGCAGGUCGCGAUUCGCCACUUUUGCACAUGACGUCCUUUUGCGCGUCUGCGCAUGCGGGAGCGGUGAAACCUGGAAGUAACCCUUUCCGGUACUUCCGAGUUGCUGCAGGAUGCAACCUGAAAAAAACGUAACAUGAAGCAAACGUAACAAGAGGUAUGACUGUAUUGCCGAUCUGCACUCGAAGCUGUAGAAGAAGCCAAUAUCCUUAUGGUAAAUAUAGCCAUGUGAUUUCUAACGCAGGGCUUGAUGUUUGGUUAUGCCACCGAUGAAACUGAGGAGUGCAUGCCCCUAACUAUCCUGCUUGCGCACAAACUUAACGCAAAGAUUAAAUCCCUGGAGAGAACUGGAGUUCUGCCCUGGCUUCGACCCGAUGGGAAAACACAGGUUGGUAUAUACCGAGGACUGUCAAAUAUAAUGAGCAGAGCUGAAGUCUGAAAUAAGUGAGAAGUGCUUAUGUCCCAUUGAAAUUACCCAUUCGAAUGCUCAUGUGAACAUGGUCAAUGCUAUGUUGAAGCUAGAAUAUUGUAAACAAUCAACAUAUGGAUAGAGUUCAUCCCUAGCCCAGUGUAGAUAACUGGCAGAGCCAAGUGGUAUCAAGCUUUUGCUGGGCUCUGCAGCUUCACCCAACAAACUGUUCGUCUGUUUGAAUCAUACCCUAUGAACAUAAAUCAAGCCCUGCUGGGUUAGGCCAGAGGUCCAUCCUCCACUUCAGCAUCCUGUUCUCAAAGCGGCCAAGGCAACUUCCUGUGUCCCAGCUAAAGUCACAGUGAUCUGUGUGACUGCUGCUUUCUUUUCUGCAGGAUAGAAUGCUGAUCCGAUAUCCUACCUGUAGAUUGGGUUUAAUAAACAUUGCUUAUCCUUUAGCUUCCACAGUCCAUCAAUCCUGACUACUACGGUAGUAAGCUAGCUGGUUAGGUAAAGGUAAAAGUAAAGUACCCUUGGACAGUUAAUUCUAGUCAAAGGCAACUAUGGGGUUGCAACGCUCAUCUUGCUUUCAGGCCGAGGAAGCCGGCGUUUGUCCACCAACAGCUUUCCGGGUCGUGUGGCCAGCAUGACUAAACCGCUUGUGGUGCAAUGGAACAGAAACCAGAGCGCACGGAAACGCCGUUUACCUUCCCGCCACAGCGGCACCUAUUUAUCUACUUGCACUGGUAUGCUUUCGAACUGCUAGGUUGGCAGGAGCUGGGAAAGAGAAAUGGGAGCUCAUUGCAUCAUGGGGAUUCAAACCGCUGGCCUUCCAAUCGGAGAGCCCAAGAGGCUCAGUGGUUUAGACCACAGCGCCACCUGCAUCCCCUUUGCUAGCUGGUUAGCAGCAGGUGGAUGAAUCUUUCUUGAUAUACCAGGAUAGCAUUCUCUGCACAAUAUUCCAAGUAGUCGGUGGCUACUGACCUUGAUGGCUGUGUUCUUCCUUCACUGCUGGAAGCAGUAUUUUACUGAAUAUCAGUUUCUGGAAACUACAGGAUGGGAGAGUGCUCUUGGUCCUCAGAUCCUGCUUGCAGGAAUUUGGUUAGCGACUGUGAGAACAGGAUGCUGGACCAGAUGGGUCAUUGGCUGGAUCCAGACACUCUUAUUAUCUUCUUAUUGUCUAUACCGAUUCAUGUCUGCAUUGCAGUAAAAGGAAAAUUAAAGUGACUAAUAGAAAAGGUUCUAUUGGGAGUUCGGUGGAACUUACUUUUUAGGAUCAGGAUGCAAUAAAAUAAUGCAACAUAAGAUAGCGGAAGAUAGAUGAAAAACAAAACAGUAGCUCAGGCUUGUUCAGCAGAGUUGUAUAAAGUGGCGGAAGCAAAAAAUAUAACUGUUUAAACCUACGGCCAAUCUUGUAGGUCACGAUGGAAUACCGAGAUGUCGGCGGUGCGCUGGAGCCAAUCCGGGUGCACACCUUGGUCAUUUCUGUACAACACGGUCCUGGGGUGCCAUUGCAGAAAAUACAGAAAGAGCUGAUGGACAAAGUUGUGAAAGAAGUGGUUCCAGCAAAAUACCUGGAUGAAAACACAGUCUAUCACCUCCUGCCGAGUAAAGCCUUUCUAGCAGGUGGUCCUAAGGUAUUGUACCCUUAACCUCCAAACCUCUAGAUAUACAAUAAUGAGAGAGAGAGAGAAAGCAUGAAUCUGACUGGUUUUUCAUUUGCCCUGCCUCUUUCUAUGGGGAAACUGCUGUUUGCCGCUGAAUCAGAACAAAUGUCAAUCUGCGGGGGGGGGGGGGGGGACAUUUGCCAAAGCUAGUAAAUGAGAUAGAACACAACCCCAAUGCAACAAACAAAGUACCGCAAGGUUACCAGGCUAUUGCUUGAUUUAAAUCUUAAAUUUCUACCCUUGUUUGUAGUUUCCCUUUAACCUGAGGCUGCUUAAAAAAGACAUUUGUGCUCCAAACAGUUUGUGCGCGUGUGAUACCACUGUUGUAGUGGAAUCCUAUACAUGCCUCCUCAAAAGUGUGCCCUGUUGAUUUAUGUUUACACCUAGAUAAGUGGGCAUGGGAUUGCAAUCCCGGUGCCAGGCUUUUUACACUGCAAUGACAUAUUGAAGCGGUUAUGAUCUUGAGAGAUGAAUUUGACACUCUUCUUGUUAGCAAAGUAAACAUCCUGGUGAUUUUUUUUAUUUACUGUAUUACUGCUCUAUAAGACUCACUUUUUCCCUCGUGAAAAGUAAGGGGAAAUGUGUGUGUGUCUUAUGGAGCGAAUGCAGGCUGCGCAGCUAUCCCAGAAGCCAGAACAGCAAGAGGGAUUCAGAAUAUUUUUUUUCUUGUUUUCCUCCUCCAAAAACUAGGUGCGUCUUAUGGUCUGGUGCGUCUUAUAGAGCGAAAAAUGCAGUAUUUAAAAAAUGUAUUUCUUUUCUUUUCAGUCUGAUGCUGGCCUGACUGGCAGAAAGAUCAUUGUGGAUACCUAUGGAGGCUGGGGUGCUCAUGGAGGGGGUGCUUUUUCGGGGAAAGAUCCCUCCAAAGUUGAUCGUUCAGGAGCCUAUGCAGCUCGCUGGGUGGCAAAGUCCCUGGUGAAAGCAGGCCUUUGCAGGAGAGUAUUGGUGCAGGUAAGAGGGGGCGAGUGCAGCCUUGGAGCAAAUGUGGGGGAAUUGCACAACAGAGAUGAAACCCAGUAUGUUUGGAGGAAAGCCUUUAUGCUGAGUGCUGCUUGAUUAAAAACUGCUUGGGACAAUUCUGCACCGCGGGUAACCUUAGGUGGUGUACACACUGCCGUUUACUCUGCAUCCAGUGAGCUCUUACCAGUCGUUUGGGAAGCGGUAAAAGGUAAAGGUAAAGGGACCCCUGACCAUUAGGUCCAGUCGUGACCGACUCUGGGGUUGCGGCGCUCAUCUCGCUUUAUUGGAUGAGGGAGCCGGCAUACAGCUUCCGGGUCAUGUGGCCAGCAUGACUAAGCCGCUUCUGGCGAACCAGAGCAGCGCACGGAAAUGCUGUUUACCUUCCUGCCAGAGCAGUACCUAUUUAUCUACUUGCACUUUGACGUGCUUUCGAACUGCUAGGUUGGCAGGAGCAGGAACCGAGCAACGGGCGCUCACCCUGUCGCGGAGAUUUGAACUGCCGACCUUCUGAUCGGCAAGCCCUAGGCUCUGUGGUUUAACCCACAGCGCCACCUGGUACAGCCAUUCAUAUCUAUCUUGUUGUUUCUUACUAAGUGCUGCUUUUCUGAUCUGUUGUUCCCAAAACCAAAUUUGAUCUGAGCUGAGAAAAAGCAUGACCUAAUGCUGUUUUAAGCCAGCAAUGUGUGCACAGCCUAAGUCUCGUUAGAGGAGAUAGUGAAAAACUGUCCUAGGCUGUCUUUAUUGAGUAGCACCAAAUCUUUCCCUUGAUAGAGUUGGCUUGAAACAUUCGAAGAACUCUGUUUGCAACUUUCCUCCCCUUGGAUUUUUCUAUAGCUGUUACUGAUUUUCUAUUUGCGAAUCAAGGUUAUCUUCCAGGCAGCAUCCUUAGUCAAUGGGAACCAUUGCGAUGUUACAAAUGCUGCGUUUAUUGUGGACAUUUUUUCAACUGUGUGAUAAACAACAGGGGUUAAUUGCAUUCAUAAAAUGUAUUAAUUUUAUGGGGGUGUGGGUACCUAAGUACAUAACUGCUGUGCCUCAUGUUGGUACUAUGGAUAGCACAGAUUAUACCAGUGUUUCCUCAAAUCCCCUAAUUACUAGGGGAUCCCUUUUCUGAAUGAAACUUGCGAGAGAUGCUUCACACUUGCAUCCAAAGUGGUUUAAAAAGAGUCAGUGUGGUGUGGUGGAGAGAAGGUGUUGGACUUAGACAAGGGCGACCCCGGUUCAGGUAUCCACUGAUAAAGUAAACCAGGAACAGAUCCCAAGCUGUAAUGCUAUCAGUUCAUAUGAACUCAAAUGCUCUUUAGCUACAGUGAACUUAUAUAUCCUUCAGCUGUCUUACGCGAUUGGAUUGAGUCACCCACUGGCCAUCUCGGUGUUCCAUUACGGUACUUCGGACAAAUCAGAAGAUGAGCUGCUGGAUAUCAUUCAGAAGAACUUUGACCUUCGCCUUGGGCCAAUCAUAAGGUUUGUCCUUUUAAAAAUGGAUCUUUGGAUGCCUACGGUAAAGUUUUCCCUUCAGAUGAGAGACCAAGAAUGUGUCCUCGCCUUAAGAGUGCACCCAGUGGAUUUCUCACUUUGAAGAGAGGUCAGGAUUCAACCCGCCACAAGAGUUUGCUUGGGGAUUCUUUAGAUAGCGUUUGUUAGUCCCGUGCUACACCUGGUGGGCUCAGCCCAACUUAGAAGAGAGGACCCCUAAGAGCUCUAAACUAAUCAGGAAAACCUUCUAGAACCUAAGUUCCAUUCUUAUCUCAGAUGGUUGGAAUAAAAUGGUCUGAAAUGAUGGAGCGUUUGUCCCUACUACCAUCAUCCAGUCCAUUUAUCUGAAUGGAACGGAACUCCCUUCUGUUUAUUCUAGUCAUAUGUGAGGAAAAGGUAAAAGAGCUCGCCAUCUGAAAAACCCUUAAGGAAGAAGGUUAAAAGUAAAAAAAACCCUACUUGACUCAUUCAAGAUGUGGUGUUGUCUGCCUUCAUUCAUCCCAUCCCAUCCCAAUCAGGACAUCUGAAGCUUCAGCAAUGAAACAGUUUAGACAGAGCUUACAUAGAAGCUGGGGGUUCCACCCAUUCCUACCUCUCAGACAGGCCCUGAUCUGAGCAGGUCCUUCCACACUGUUCCCCUUUCUUCUGAGUAGCCUCAUGUGAAGUGUGGUGGCUCUGAAGCCACUUAGGAUUUCUCUGCUAGUCUUGUGAGAUAACAGAAAUGUUUUCUUUGCCUACAGAGAACUGAACUUGAAGAGUCCCAUUUAUCAACAGACUGCAUGCUACGGGCAUUUUGGAAGAGAAGAAUUUACAUGGGAACAACCUAAAAAGCUGGUUUACUAGUUAUGGGUUGCUUCCAGAUUGGCAUUUAUUGUGGAAUACAACAAAUUACUCACAGUAUCCACACAACAUUGUUGGCAUCAAAAUGCAGCCUGUAUUCAUCCCUGCAUUGAAUCUGGGUUUACCCUUUUCAGAAAAACCAGAUUAUGGUUUUAAAAAAUGUUGACUCUCAAAAAGAAGGGGGGCAAGGUUUGAAAGAAGGCAAUCAAAUCUAAAAUGUCCAGAGGAAUAAAAUGUGAAGUUUCUGCG